AUGGAGGAGUGCAUGCAGGCUGAAGCCGACAAGGUCGCCGUGUUGCAGACCAAGCUGAAGAAGACGCUCGAGGUGGCCAAGGCAGCGGUGCAGCGCGGAAAAGAUGCGCAGGCCAAGGCGAAUGCCGAGGCAGAGCGGGCUGAUGCUGCCGAAGGCAAGGUGGCCGAGAUGGAGGCGCGGGCGGUGGCGGCCGAGAGCAAGGUGGCCGAGAUGGAGGCGCGGGCGGUGGCGGCCGAGAGCAAGGCGGUGUCGGGCGUUGAGGCGGUGGAGGCUGAGCUCGAGGCGCUCAAGACAAGGUACAAGAAGGCCGAGGGCGGGCUACGGACGGCAGUGGAAAAGUACAAGGCCGAGGUGGCCAAGACUGCCGCUCUCAACUCACAGCUUGCCGAGAUCCAGGCGCAAAUCAGUGUGUUGGCUGGCGAAAAGAGCGAGCUGGAGGCCAAGGUUCAGGCUGCCGAGGCUCGGGCUGCCGAGGCCGCCGCCGGAGCAGGCGAGGCAAGUGAGCUCCAGGCACAGAUCGCCACUCUGGCUGGCGAAAAGAGCGAGCUGGAGGCCAAGGUCCAGGCUGCCGAGGCUCGGGCUGCCGAGGCCGCCGCCGGAGCAGGCGAGGCAAGUGAGCUCCAGGCACAGAUCGCCACUCUGGCUGGCGAAAAGAGCGAGCUGGAGGCCAAGGUCCAGGCUGCCGAGGCUCGGGCUGCCGAGGCCGCCGCCGGAGCAGGCGAGGCAAACGAGCUGGAGGCCAAGGUUCAGGCUGCCGAGGCUCGGGCUGCCGAGGCCGCCGCCGGAGCAGGCGAGGCAAGUGAGCUCCAGGCACAGAUCGCCACUCUGGCUGGCGAAAAGAGCGAGCUGGAGGCCAAGGUCCAGGCUGCCGAGGCUCGGGCUGCCGAGGCCGUAGCUGGGGCAGGCGAGACAAGUGAGCUCCAGGCACAGAUCGCCACUCUGGCUGGCGAAAAGAGCGAGCUGGAGGCCAAGGUCCAGGCUGCCGAGGCUCGGGCUGCCGAGGCCGUAGCUGGGGCAGGCGAGGCAAGUGAGCUCCAGGCACAGAUCGCCACUCUGGCUGGCGAAAAGAGCGAGCUGGAGGCCAAGGUCCAGGCUGCCGAGGCUCGGGCUGCCGAGGCCGCAGCUGGGGCAGGCGAGGCAAGUGAGCUCCAGGCACAGAUCGCCACUCUGGCUGGCGAAAAGAGCGAGCUGGAGGCCCAAAUCGAUAACGCAUCAAGUCCGACUGCGUCCAAUGUCGACGUCGACGCCGUGGUCGACGAGAACAAGAGCCUAGCAGCUCGGGUGGCCGAGCUCGAGGCCGAGGUCCGCGCCUCGCGAGCUGCCAGCGACUCGGACGCACUGAUCGAGAAGAUGCGCGGCGAGCUCAUUGAGGCCGAGGCAAAGAUCAGCAAGCUGGAGCGCGAAGUGGUAACCGCCACGACUGCCGCCGUUUCUGCCGCGCCUGCUGCUCCAGCCCCCGGGCCUCCGCCGCCACCGGCAGGCGGCCCGCCACCACCGCCGCCACCACCGCCACCACCGCCGGCCGGAGGGGGGCUGCAGAAGAAGAAAGCCCGCACCAUGCCUGCCGGCGGCAUGGCUUCGCUGGCGGCCGCAAUCCAGGGCGCGUCUCUGCGCAAGACCGACGGGCCCGGGAGCGGAGGCGGCGACGACGGCAGCGGAGGCGGCAACGGGCCGGUCGGCAUGGGCGGCAUCCUCGCCGCACUCAAGGGUGGCGUCAAGCUCCGCAAGGCUGCUGCCCGCCGCAAGGAGCCCGAGAACGCCAAGACCGAAAACGACGAGAUCGCCAACAUGGCUGCUCGCCUUGCCCAGCGCCGUGCCAAGAACCCACAAACCUGGCGCCACUCGGUCAAGAUGUCGCUCUCGGAAGCCGACGAGCUCUCCAAGGCGCUCGCCGAAGAGGGCCCUUCGUCGUAGGCCGGUUUACUCUUUUGUAGGCAUGCUCUCCAGAAACGCACCAAGAUCAAACUGA